AUGCGUCGCGAUCACGCCGACGAUGAGGCUCUCACGGCGGUCAAACGUGGUGCGUCUUUAAUCAAAUAUUGCACCAACGCCAAGCCGCACGUCGUGUACGCCACGUGCACCGAGCGCGGGCUAACCUGGGUGGGGAAGCGACGGAAAGAGAAGACGAUCGCGGCGAGCGCGAUCGCGCGAGUGAUCGCGGGACGACACACAGAAAAGUUUCGAAGACGGCGCGACGGGGACGCGGACGCGGAUGCGGACGCGCGGAGUUUCAGCGUCGUGUACGAAGACGGAAGCGGUAAGGCGUCGAAGACGUGGGAUGGAGUGUGCGAGAGCGAAUGUCAGAGGGACCUGUGGGUGCGAGCGCUGGAGCGGGUGAUGGCGGAGGCGAGAGAGGACGCGGCGCGGAGGACGAGCGACGACGGCGGGCGGCGCGAGUUCGAAGACGCUCGGGACGGUGGGAUCUCGAUCGGUACUGCGGUGCGCGUGAGCUCGGCGAUCGGGAAGUUUAAGGUUAAGUCGCCGUCGUUGCGCGAGCGUGAGAUUCAGCGCGAGAUGGAGGAGACGAGAAUGCGCGCGACGGCGCGCGUGUGCAACGUUCCGAACGAAACUGUCGCGUGGGGUUGGCGCGCGGACGUCACGCCGGAGAGCGCGGUUGAGAGUGUCUCUGGCGGUGGAUUCGCGGCGAAAAGUGAGAGAUGGACCAGAGUGGACGCCCCGAGCGCGAUCGAGGGCAUGGAGACGCUGGAUGUGGUAGAAAUUUCCAUUGGAGCAAGACACACGCUGGCGCGCACGCGCACAGGCGCCGUGUACUCCUGGGGCGAGGGUAAGGGCGGUAAGCUCGGAAUACCGAGCGGACAAGACUUCGACAGACCGACGCGAGUAGACCUGGACGGUCGCGCGGUCGCGCUGUCAUGUGGGAGCGCGCACUCCGUCGCUGUUGUUGAAGGAGAAGUGUUCGCCUGGGGAGAUCCAAACGCAGCACCCGGACUCUUAGGUCUCUCCGAUGUGCGAAGCGUCAUGUGGUUCCCAGGUAAGAUAUUAUUUCCAAGCGCUACUGGCACUCUAAGCGCGCAUCGCGGCGCGCGUUCCCUGGGUGGUGGCGGCGUCAAGGUGGUGCAAGUUUCUUGUGGACCAUGUCACACGGCAUGCGUAACGGAAACCGGAGCGUGUUACACGUGGGGCGAAGGGUCGUUCUUCGCCCUAGGUCACGGUGAUAGGGAGUCCUCUCGCGAACCAAGGAAAUUAGAGACGUUUACGCGCGAACGUCGCGUCGUGCUUCGCGUGUCGUGCGGUGUGUGGCACACGGCAGCUAUCGUCGCCGCCUCGGGAAGCUCAGUCGUAAGGGUCCCAGUCCCCACGAACGAGGAAUCAGAAUUCGACUCCGUAGACGGAGAGCUGUUCACCUGGGGGGACGGCGAGACUGGUCAACUAGGUAUACGCGACAGUACGGAGGCGCCGGUGCCGACGAAGACAUCGAAUCGGCUCGGCGAGCCUGGAAGUGAGGUGUGUAGCGUCAGCUGCGGUCAACAUCACACCGUUGCUUUGACGUCUCAGGGUGAUCUAUGGUUGGCUGGAUGCGUGGGAAAGGUGGAUAACUCACUACGCACGACAACAUUCACGCGCUUGACCGAUUUCGAGACCGGAUCCGUGCGCACCGUCGCGAGCGGUGAAAAUCACGUCGUGGCAUCGACGCGCGACGCGCGCGUCUUCUCGUGGGGCGUCGGUAAGAACGGUCGUUUAGGUCUCGGUCGAAACGAUCGCGAUCAGCCGGUACCUCAAGAGAUCGUCAACAUGCGGGGGCGUGAAGUGUUGCACAUCGCGUGCGGUCCGACAUCGAGCGCGUGCGUGCUCAGGGGCGUGCAGAUGACGAUCAAAGAGAAAGCGAGCAUGGCCCGGCUGUCGACCUUUUCCAUCCGACAGUCCUCGAUGCUUAGGGUCAGCGCGUCGAUCAAGCCACCGGAGAGGAAGAAUAGUAGUAGUAAUAUGGAGACGGCGUCCACGUCGACGCCGAACACGGCAAAGGACAAGAACGCGCAGAGCGGUAGCGCGCAGAGCGGAAGUGUGCGAAGUGGAACCACCGGAACGGUCGGUUCAGGGGGUAGAGCAAAAGGAUCUCAACAAGGCUUGAAGAGCGAGAAAGCGGUGCAUAGGCUUCUAAGCGUUCUGAGUCCGACGUACGAAAACGUCGCCAAAACGUCGAAUCGAACGUAUUUGAAAGAGUCCUUGGUGCACAACGAGUCUUUGGAUAACGAUCUCGCACGUAGUUUACCAUCUCCAUUGAUAGAGCCACUGGCACCCAGAGCCGCGACACCGGAGCUAGUCGAACCAACCAAGCUUGAGUGUCGUGAACCUUCUCCGGCAGCCGCGCCACCUUCACCUCGACCUUCACCGCCGCCGUUUACGGUGGUGGAAGCGCCGCAAGAGGCGCUCACGGAGGAAACUUUCAUCCAGAGUGCCCGACGGGUGGCGGACGAAGCCGAAGCCUCGCUCACGCACCUCGCGGAGGAGAGGGCUGUCCUGGAGCGAGCGACGCAGGCAGCGAUCGCUGCAAGGGGAGCGGAACGACAUACAAAGCCACCAUCGCUCCGUCACAAAGUACCGAACCCAUCGCGACGCAGCAAUGUUCCCAUUGAUGAACCGAAAGUGUUCACCGAGGAAGUCGAGGAGGGUGUUUUCAUGACCCUCGAGGUGCAUGGCGAUAAAACCAUUCUCAAACGUGUUCGAUUCAGCAAACGCAUAUUUAGCAAUGAAUUAGCUAGGCAGUGGUGGGAGGAAAAUCGCGAUCGUCUCACGAGCGAUCUUGACCUAACCAUUCCGACAUGA